AUGAGCUUCGCUGUUCUCUCUCACAUCUCCGCUGCCGGUGGCCGCUCUGCCUGCCCGCGAGAUCCCCAACCCCCAGCCUCUCCUCACGUGCCUCUUUUAAUGCGCGCCCACCCCGCGCUCGCAGGACGCAAAUCGCCCCCUACCCUACUAAUAGCUACUCACAAGCCCAUCAGGGACAGACAACGCGGAAGCAAGCGCACACGUACACCUACACCUACACCUACCUCGGCGAGCAAAGGCAAAGGCUGAUCGGAGAGCCAUGGCCACGGCCACGGCCACGGCGGCGCCCCGCCACGCCGCGCUCCUCCUGCUCCUGCUGGUCGGUCUCCACGCCACGGCCACCGUCGCCGCGCGCGCGGGCGCCGCGCAUGAUGCCGAGCUCACGUCCAAGCCGUCCCCGGGCACUAAGAAGCCCAGCGUCAAGCCGCCUGGUAAGCCCAGCGUCAAGCCGCCGCCCGUCGGCCCCGGCGCGGGCGCGGGGGGCGUCGGCGGCGCGAUCCCGACCAUCCCGGGCUUCGGCGGCGGCAUCCCCGGGAUGGGCAUGGGCGGCGGCGGGUUCGGCAGCAUCCCCGGGAUGGCCGGCGGGUGGGGCGGCGGCUACGGCGGGCCUUCCGGCGGCUACGCCCGCGGCGGCGUGGUGGCGCCCACGGUGACCUGCACCGAGAAGGGGCCCUGCUACAGGAAGAAGGUCACCUGCCCCAAGAAGUGCUUCUCCUCCUACAGCGGCGCCGGCAAGGGGUACGGCGGUGGUGGCGGCGGCGGCAGCUGCACCGUCGACUGCAAGGUCAAGUGCACGGCCUACUGUUGAUUCACCUCCGCCCGCCGUCCGCUGGCGCUGAGCAGUUUAGCUGGCAGUGAGUGGUCGACUGUUUGGUGUGAUGGCGCGCGUCGGUGAGAGUUGAGUACGGGUGGUUAACUGCAGUGUUAUUAUAGUAACAGUAAUAGCGUACUUUCUGGCCUUCUGUUAUAGUAACAGUACAAGGGUGCUCCACGAUGUGGAUAAGGGAGGUUUAUUUCGAAGAUGCUCUCUGCUUAGGGUUAUUCGUCUACAUUGUGUUCUUGCUUUGGUUAAGUGAUAAGCAGAUAUGUGGUUGUGAAAUCCAGUAUGCAUGAAUAAAGAGCUAUAUAUAAGCAUACACUUCA